GGUGCGGGCUUUGACAGCAACUGUUUGGCAGAUGACUUCCAAUUCGUUGCGCCCAUUGUGGGGCCAUUGAGCAAGAAGGAAUUCAUGCAGGCCUUUGGUUCCUUCAAACUGAGGGAUGCAGUGCCUGACCUGGCUGACAACAGCUGGUUUCAGGUGGAUCCCUUGGAACCCAACCGGGUGUGGUUCUUCUCUCGCGCGACCGGCACGCACACGGGGCCUCUGAUGGCGAUUGCAGCCACAGGUAAGCGAAUCGAGAUGCCCCCCCAAGCUCAAAGCAUGCUGUUCAACGAGAAGGGCGAGUGCUACACACUCACCGUGGGCUACUGCAUGGACAAGCGCAUCGGCAACACAGAGGCUCCCGACAUCGAAAUUUAG